AUGAUGCGGCUUGCUUUUAACCAUGGAUCGUGGGAUCCAACAUAUGGGGAGCUGGUCCGUCUCUUCAGAUGCAUAUCCUCCACUGAUCAGGAAAAUGCGCUAAAAUUUGUGUACAGACGGGACGUCAAGUCGUAUUUGGCUGCUCGUCUCUUGACCAUCUUUGUCGCAAAGCAUUGUCUUGGUUUAGAUCCUGUCGAAGUGACUGUGGAAAGGGACCCGAAUGAUCGUCCUGGCCUUUCCAAUAAGCCAGACUUCGAUUUUAAUCUCUCACACAAUGGCGAUUUUACGGUCCUAACUUCAUGCCACAAGAUGAGGACAGGCGUAGAUGUCAUGCGCGUAGAACUUCCACCUGCCUCGUCAUCUGUCAACGAAUUUCUGCACAAAAUGAGGUCGCUUUUUGCACCUUCCGAGUGGUACUCUCUGAACAAUCCAGUCCUAGGCGCCAACGACAGGAUGCGCAGGUUUUAUCGGUUUUGGUGUUUAAAGGAGGCCUUCGUGAAGAACACCGGCACGGGACUGCGAGUGAACGUGUCCACAGUCCAGUUUGAUCUUACAGCAACCAACCCGAAGUGCACUCAUCCCGGGCUGGUGGAUGGCGAGUGGGUUUUUGAGGAGCAUCAGUUGCCCAACAACCAUGUUGCCGCGGUGAGCUGGCACAUGCCUGGGGCUCAGGAGGCAAUACCGGCACAGCCCGGUAGCGCGGACCAAUCACGCAGUUCGUUAAAGUUAUUUGGCCGGGUCAUUUCACUGGCUAAAUUUGUGCCUUUUGGCCACGAAGGUAAGAGUUCUGAUGAUACCUUGGUUGUCGAAUUUAAUGAACUGUCAAUUGCCUACGAACCCUUCCGGGAGCUUUCUUUUAAUCAACUACUCGAAGACCUAAAUCCAUGGAACGACGUUUCAGAGACGUUCUGGCCUACCUAUUGUUCCAAGGAGUUGAUUCCACCUUCGUCUCGCACACAAUUAGUGUAA